GCCGUCAAACUCUGACGAAGCCCAAACCUUAUUGACUGUCUUUAAAAACUCACACAAAUCCUAACCCUAAACCUAGCAUUGCUUCGCAGCAAGCGGCACAGAGCAACCAGUAGCAGACAUUUCCUCAGCUAUAUCAAUUUGGCGCUUUUACGUUUCUAGUCAAAUCAAACGAUGUCGGUUGCAGAGCUUGCUUGCACUUACGCUUGUUUGGUCCUCCAUGAUGAUGGGAUCGCCAUCACUUCGGAGAAGAUUGCACAAUUGGUGAAAGCAUCCAAUCUUACUGUCGAAUCUUACUGGCCUAGUUUGUUUGCCAAGCUUGCCGAGAAGCGUAGCAUUGAUGACCUUGUUAUGAAUGUGGGUGCUGGUGGUGGUGGUGCUCCAGCUGCUGUUGCUGGCCCUGCUGGAGGUGCUGGUGCGGCUGCUGCUGCUGCCCCUCCACCAGAGGAGAAGAAGGAGGAGCCCAAGGAAGAGAGUGAUGACGAUAUGGGAUUCAGUUUGUUUGAUUAGGAGCUCCUUUCAGUAUGUUUUUGGUCAUCAUCUUAAGUGUAGUUUACCUUUGGAUGUAUUAGUAUUUUUGUUUUUUGGUUUAAGAUAUGGAUAACUGUGAACAAACAAGUUUUGAGGAGUAAUUUGGAUUUUGACUAUUUUAUGUUUGAGGUUCUGAGUCUAUACAAGGUUAAUGGAUUAGUUUUUAUUUCUUUA